UUCAAUAUGAUGCUUUAUAUUUUACUUGUCUUAAAUAUAUUUGUAUUUUCACAAUGCGCUCCACCACCAUCAUUCUUUAAAGCCUGUAAGAAAAAAGAUUUUGAUUGCAUGACUGAACAGGGAGGAGUGUUUUUAAAAAAUAUAUUACAAGGUGACAAACAACUUGGUAUUCCUCCACUAAGUCCUUUGGUAAUACCUUUAAUGAACAUGGGAGGAGAGAAGGGUUUACUAGUCACUUUUAAAAACGCCCAUUUGACUGGAAUUGAAACAGCAAAACUUAAACGCAUAGAGAUCGACACUGAGAAGCAAACCGGAAAGUUUGAUUUAGAACUAGAUUUCCUAAAUAAUGUGGCUGAUUAUUCAGCAAGGGGAAGUAUUUUGGUGUUGAAAUUAAACGGUGAUGGAAAAUCAAAUGUUACAAAUGUAAAAUUAUCUGGCACAUUUUCAUUCAAAUAUACCUUGGAAGAUCAAGGUGGAGAAAAAUACGUCAAAAUUACGGAAGACGAAAUGAAUCUAACGCAAGAACGAAUCAUUUUCCAUUUCAAUGAUUUGUUUAAAGGAAACGAUGCUCUGACUGAAAGCACAAAUGAAGUCUUGAACAAAGAAUGGAAGGCUGUAGCAGAAGAAGUUGGUCCGGCAAUGUCGGCCCUUAUUGGAAACGUAAUUAAAAUGAUAGCAUCCAAUGUCUUCAAGACAGUACCGUACAGUAAGCUAUUUUUAGAUUGUGAUAAGAAAUAUGGAAUACCAGUGAUUGAACCCUUCACUCUUUCUCUGUUAGAAAUAUCACCUGGUGACAAUUUAAAAAUUGUGUUUAGAAACUUGACAGGAAUUGGAUUGGAUAAAGCAAAACUCCGUGCUGUGAAAUAUGAUGCCAAUAAGAAUCAUAUGAAGAUACUAACUGAUCUUCCAUCAUUAAAGAUUCUAGGUGACUAUGACGCCAAGGGAAGAAUUUUAGUAUUACCAAUUGAAGGAAAAGGUCCAUUCGAAAUUGAAGCUAUUGAUGGAAAAUAUACUUAUAGCUUCGACAUAAUACCCCAUGAAAAGAAAGGUGAAAUAUAUGGAAGUAUUGAAAAUGGUGAUCUAGAUUUUGAUAUUAAAAAUGUUAAAUUGAAUUUUGAAAACCUAUUUAAUGGCGAUAAAACGCUAGGUUCUCAAAUGAACAUGUUCUUAAACGAAAAUUGGCGAGAUGUUUUUAAGGAUUUGAAAGGAGCUAUCAGAAAAAGAGUGUGUGCAUUACUCGUCACCGUUCUUGCAACUUGUGCGACUAGUUUAGAUUUACCUUCUUACAUUGUUGCAUGCAAAGGUAGUGACCCAAAUUUUAAGGAAUGUGUAAAAGAUAGUGCCAAAACAGGGAUCAAAGGAUUUUUAAAAGGUGAUAAAAAAUAUGGAAUACCACCAUUUACUCCAUUUAAAGUACCUUUGAUUGAAAUUCAAAAUCCUAAUUUACUUAUAAAGAUUGACAAUGUAGAUAUUUACGGAAUUGAUGACGCCUCUGUGGAAGAUAUGUCUGUUGAUGUGCCAAAUAAGAAAUUAUCAGCCACAAUUAAAAUGGAAAGAUUAAAUCUUCAGGGUCAUUAUAUCGCAGAUGGAAAAAUCGCAUCACUACCUAUAAAGGGCGACGGAGACGCAAACAUUACAUUUGUUGGUGGCACAUACAUAUAUGAAACAAGCUGGACAAUUUACCAGAAAGAUGGAGAGGACUACAUGAAAAUUGAAAAUCCUUCACUGGAAUAUAAAUUACGAAGAGCUCAUUUCUAUCAUGGAAAUUUGUUCAACGGCAACGAGGAAUUAGGAAAUCAAGUCAACAAAUUUCUAAAUGAUAAUUGGGAAUUAUUUUUAGAAGAUAUUGGUACCGCAGUUAAGAAAACAAUAGAGUCUAUUGCUACUAAUAUAAUUACGAAUGUUGCAAAGAGAGUUCCUUUCAAUAAAAUCUUUCCACAAUAGAUUAUAUUGGUGGUAAUUGGUUAUUGUUAAUUAUUAUUUAUAUAAACAAGUUGUUUUCUUUUAUUUAUAUCGCAACCAAAUUCUUCUGAUUUCCAUAUAUUUUAAAUUCAAGCGUGAUUGUAACUUUGUUGUUAAAAUAAUAUAAUAUAUUUUGGUAAAUAAAAUAUUUUAAAAUUUUA